GUUCUUUCUGCAACCCAGGUUUGGAACUCAGGCAGAACACUUUGGGACAAUUACUCCCUAGUUCAUAAGCAGAACCAUGGCUUCCCAACAGCUCCCUCCAGUCCCGGCCCCGGUCGCGAUCAUGGACCAAUUCAUUGCGCCGCAAACUGAGACCCUGGUGCUGAAGGAAAAGGUCCUCUCCCUCUCGGGGGACAGCUUUGAUGUGAAGCUGGCUAGUGGCCAGCCCAUCUUUCAAAUCAAAGCUAAGCACAUGAGCGUCUCGGGUCGCAAAUCGGUCUUCGAUAUGGCGGGCAAUCACUUGUUUGAUCUCGUCAAGGAACAUCUGCACAUCCAUUCCACCUUUGCGGCUCAGGCUCCGGAUGGAAGGAAGUUACUUGAGGUCAAGAGUAGUCUCUCCUUGAUUGGCUCCAAAGCCACCGCAACGUUUACGUCCCCCAGGACCGGCAGCACUGUCUCCUUAAAGAUGAAGGGGAACUGGCGGGACUCCAAAGCGGACAUCGUGGAUGAAGCAACGGGAGCAGUGGUGGCGCAGAUCGAUCGCAAGCUGCUCCGGGCUCGCCAGAUGUUCUUCGACCAGCAGACAUAUGCGGUGAUCGUGGCUCCGGGAGUGGAUCUGGCCCUUAUCGCGGCCCUGUGCGUCUGUUUUGACGAGAAGAAUAAUGAGCAGUGAGAGUUUGUUUAUCUGUUCGGGAUAGUAUGGUGUAAUGGGGUGUUGAACCGACGGCGUUGAUCGAAGUGGACAGGAUCAAUGAAACCUGGCUAAUUUGUAAUUUAACUUCUGUUAUUUUUCGUUGAUUUAUUUUGGGAUCUUCGAGAGGGAAAGUAGUUAUUUCAAUUGAUAAACAAUAGUCUGGUGACUACAAGCCCAAGGACAAGCACUGGCGCCUAACGAUACGGGCUAUAUCUGAGUU